AAUUUGGGGGAAAAGAAACAAUUUCACAGUGUCAUCAUUUAUUCAUAGUAAUUAUCGAUUUCGUGCGCGUGGGCACAUAGCCAGCCAUAUUGGUGCCGAACCGUGCACGAUACAGUUCCCGCAUUUAUAUGCACUCGGCCGGAGAGGUUUUUGGGGACUAGAAAAGCCGGCGAACAACCGAAGCAACGAAGGGAUGCUCCAGAGACCCAGACGAAGGUGCGAAGGCACGGCCAUGGGAGCCAUCGUUCUCGAUCUCCGACCUGGCUUCGGAAUCGGUCCUUUCUCCCUUGGUAUGCCAAUAUGCGAAGCUUUUGCUCAAAUAGAACAGCAGUCUCAUAUUUACGAUGUUGUCCAUGUGAAGUACCUCGACGAGGUUUGUGAGCCUCUGAAAUUGGAUAUAGUUAUAGGCUUUCCAGACCAUGGGUUUCAUCUGCGUUUUGAUCCUUGGUCACAGAGACUACGACUUAUUGAAAUUUUUGAUGUCAAACGUCUUCAGAUGCGCUAUGCCACCUCUUUGAUUGGAGGGCCGUCAACUCUGGCUACUUUUGUGGCUGUAUAUGCACUUUUUGGGCCAACAUUUCCAGGAAUUUAUGACAAAGAUAGAGGUGUUUACACUCUAUUCUACCCAGGGUUAUCCUUUGCAUUUCCAAUUCCGACACAAUAUACGGAUUGCUGCCAUGAUGGAGAAGCGGAGCUGCCACUAGAGUUCCCAGACGGAACUACUCCUGUUACAUGUCGUGUCUCCAUAUAUGAUGGCUCUAGAGACAAAAAAGUGGGUGUAGGAUCCUUAAUGGACAAGGCUUCUGCCCCUCCCUUGCCAGCUGGAAGCCUCUAUAUGGAAGAGGUGCAUGUUAAGCUUGGUGAAGAAUUAUGGUUUACUGUAGGUGGCCAGCAUAUUCCUUUUGGUGCAUCGCCACAGGAUGUAUGGACAGAAUUAGGACGUCCUUGUGGAAUUCACCAAAAGCAGGUAGAUCAAAUGGUGAUCCAUUCUCCCUCUGAUCCUCGUCCGCGGACAACUCUCUGUGGUGAUUAUUUUUAUAAUUAUUUCACACGUGGCUUGGACAUACUAUUUGACGGACAGACACAAAAAAUCAAGAAGUUUGUUUUGCAUACAAAUUAUCCGGGGCAUGCAGAUUUCAAUUCAUACAUCAAGUGUAAUUUUGUUAUCUAUGCUUCUGACUUUGGGGGUUCCUUUCAGGAAUUAAAUUCGUCCAAACACAAUAUUACACCAAGCACAAAAUGGGAGCAGGUGAAGGAAAUCCUUGGAGAUUGUGGUCGUGCUGCUAUCCAAACACAAGGAUCUUCUAGCAAUCCUUUUGGAUCAACUUUUGUUUAUGGCUAUCAAAAUGUUGCGUUUGAGUGUUUGCAGGUUAUGAAAAAUGGAUAUAUUGCUACUGUAACUCUCUUCCAGUCGUGAAGGAUGGGUUGUUGCCCUCAUGAUGGUUGUCUAGAUGGGCUAUGUACAGUCAAAUUGUUUUUUUAUCAUGCUGGCAGGGGCAGUUGUAAUUGUACAUUAUGUAAUGAUUUGUACAGUUGAUUCAUAGUGCCAUACCAUGCGUGUAAUUCACUGGACGUGUGUUCUGAACUAAAUUAGCACAGCGUUUGUACAUCAUGUUCUUGGCUCCGCAAGCUGAAUGAUUGUUUUUAUGGCAUGUUUGAUUAACAUGAGUCGAGACUGGAAUGGAAUCGCAGUUCCAAA